AUGGUGAGACAAUCAUACCUAAAGAAAGGAACAUGGAGUCGUGAUGAAGAUCAGAAGCUGAUUGCUUAUAUUACGAGAUAUGGGAUUUGGAAUUGGAAUGAAUGCCCAGAUUUUCUGGGAAGAAGAAGAAACCCUAAUCGGCUAAUCCACCUGCAAAAGACGCUAGGAAAUAGAUGGUCAGUAAUUGCAGCAAGGCUCCCACAAAGAACAGACAAUGAUAUAAAGAACUACUGGAACACUCGCUUGAAGAAGAGAAUAAAUUUGGAGGAUAACAAUUCAGCAUCUGCAACUACAUCAGCAACAGAAACCAAUUCCGGUAUCGAGGAGAAAUCGUCUGGUGCUGAUUCCUCGUUAUUGUUUGGGAAUAUUAUGUUGGACUCACCGGUUUAUGCUACUUUUUCUACUUUAGGCUCCGACCUUAGUGUGGCAGUUGAUGACAAUUAA